CAUGGUGGUUACUGGAGAGACAGACAAGUCGGUGUCUUCACCAUCUAGUCAACAGUCCCCAUGCAGUGUGCUAGACAGCUUAUAGAGUGAACUUAGUGAACAGUGCGUGGCCUGUCGACAUAGUGAACAUGUACAAGGACAUAUCUCCCCAAACCAAAGAGACGGUCAUGCAGGGUGCCGAGGACUACUCCAGACCCUCGCACUCGCCGCCCAUGUCCCCCCACGGUCUGCCGCCCCACGCCCGCAUCUCAGCCUUCUCUGUGGUCACACCCCACACCAAGCCUUCCACUGGUAAAGAGUGCAAGAGUCCUGUGAGCGGGUGUGUGGCUUCUGGACCCCUGGUGCCCCCGGGCGCCUACCUUAACAGCACGUGGCCGCUACCCCCCGGCCUCAUAUACCCAUACCCCGCAACACUGAUGCGCUCAUACUCGUCAGCCUCGCUGGGCUCCCUCUGGAAUUCCAGCAGCCUCGGUGGAUGCCACAACAAGCAGUACACAGGUGGGCCGAUGCCUCCGUCGCCUGAAAAACGCGACGAGCCUCUUAAUUUAUCCCUUAAAAGCUCCCGGCCCACCAAGGCAGCCAUAUGGUCCCCUGCAUCUGCCUUGGAACAAGAAGAAAAGGAAGAGUCAUUACCUUCUCCAACAGGGCGUCUCAGCCCUAUGGACUCGAGUGACUGCGAGGCCAUCCCGGCAACGCAAGAAGAAUCGUGCAAAGACCCACGAGCUCCUCCUUUAGAUUCAAUCAGCCUCAGACUUGGCCUCAGUCAAUAUGCAGAAUUCGUAGUGAACCUCCAAGGUCUGGCGACGCGCGAUAAAGAAGGCGAGGGAGCCAUCGCAAGCCGGAAGGAAGGAUUCUCUUCAUCGUGGUGCCAGGGAGUCUGGCCCUGGACACCCCUAUACCGCGGCGCUGACGUCUUUCCUUGUCAACAGUGCCCAAAGACCUUCAGCUCGCCACUUAGUCUGGACGUUCACGUAAAACGAACUCACUGCAUACCAAAAGGUUACGACCCGUACCCAGCAGACAACGACAAGACUGUCACACAACCCCAAGGACUUAAUAAUGUCUCUCCAGUCAGAACUGAGAAGACCUUUCAGUGUAAGCAGUGUGGGAAGUGUUUCAAACGGUCAUCCACCCUCUCCACCCACCUGCUCAUCCACUCAGACACCCGCCCCUACCCCUGCCAGUACUGUGGCAAGCGCUUCCACCAGAAGUCAGAUAUGAAGAAGCACACCUAUAUCCACACCGGUGAAAAGCCUCAUAAGUGUGUGGUGUGUGGGAAGGCGUUCAGUCAGUCUUCCAACCUCAUCACUCACAUGCGGAAGCACACAGGAUACAAACCCUUUGCAUGUGGCUUAUGCGAGAAAGCUUUCCAACGGAAAGUGGAUCUUCGACGACACCGGGAGUCCGUCCAUCCUAACUGUGAGCACAUUCCUCCUCCACCACCGCAGCCAUUCCCGCUCCACACCGAUUCAGAGAACAACAACAACGACAACCACAACAACAACAACGAAAGCAUGAGCAACAAUAACACACCUUCUGAAGUCUCGAGCGAAUCUACUCCAAGUAUUAACACACUGCUAUAGGUGAAAGGUUGCCCCUUCCCUAUUAUAGGUUCCACUGCAGUGUGCGUAGCGAUCUUUGUACUCACCACACAGCACUCUUGGUAUACAUUGUUAUCUUGUUUGGUGCACAAAUCAGACAAGAACCAAAAUAGUCAAUGUGUAUUAAUUCCACGUGUAAAUGUACUACACAGCUACUUGCAUCAAUGUGCUUAUACAGUGCAACAAUGAUCAUGUAAAUACCUGAGAGACUGUACAGCGCAUUGCUCAACUGCCAACAUAAGAAUGUCAUUAUGAAGAUAUGUGAUGUACACUCAAGUGCAUGGUCAGCUUGAUUCGCUUUCACCCGUGACCUGAUCAUUUUAAGGUCUUAUAUCUAGGUGCCAGACACCGGGAGGUUACGGCACAAGGAUUACUGGCCCUAUGAUAUUGUAAACACGGAAACUAUGAAGGCAUUGCAAUGGAAAUUUUCCCAUUAUUUUAUUUUAUGAACUUAUAUCAAAUGCCUUCUUUUUCUGAAACUGUGAAAUCUCCUUUGGAGACUUGACGAAGUUUCUUGCCUGAUUUUUUUUUAAUUUCGUGUUGAGUCAGUCUCAUUAAGUUUAGGAGUCACGUCAGUAUGAUAAAAGGCCCUAACAGUCAAAAGAAUAGUAGAGUAGAAAGAUAGUUGCUUAGUACUUGUAAUUACGGUUGUAUAUCCAUGACGCAAGCCUUGGCACGUGCAUGACACACACGUCCUGGAAGUCACAGAUGUCCUACACGGACAGAAAAUGUGUAUCCAAAACAUAUUAUAAAAUACAAGUAGUCAUAAUGCAAGCACAAUAAGAUUUAGUCAGGGCACAGAUACAUGCACCACGUAAAGCAGCAAUAUCAAGAACUAUGGCACAGAUAGCCACAGGUAUGAUGUUGCCACAGUAAUUUCAUAAGCUUGAAAGACAAACUAAUGAGAUGAUUCAGAUACACACAUUUUGUCCUAUGUAGGCAGAGUCGUAAAGCCGUGAUUGGUCAACAGAUGGUCUCACAAUAAUGACAUUAGUCACUCUUCAUGUACAAACUCUUCAGUAUUAACCUGGAAACUUAAGGGUCCAAGUCGGCUCUGUUCAAGAAUUCACGCUUUAAGCUGUUAAGGUUUCAGUGUAGAACUCUGACUCUGUGGCUCCAUGUCCAUGUGGAAUAUUAACAUGGAAUAGCAGCUAAAGUGUGAGAAUCUCACACUGGGUUUUUGUGUUAUCCAUGGAAAACUGUUGGCUAUUAGUGCAGUUCCAAAGAUUAGACUCGGGAGCACUUCGUGUUACACGUGUGUUGAGGCCUCCAUAUGGAACAGUCUGUGGGUCUAUGAUUCCAUGAAAAGCACUGAGUGGGGUCUAGACUAAGUGCUUCCAUACAACGAAUCUAGAGGCUUCCUUGUGGAACAGUCUUCAAUUCUAAUGGGCAUUCACGUAGAACACCAACCCUGAGAGUUUAGAAGUUUCUGUGGAACGCCUGAUUCUGUGAACGUAGAGACCAUUAACUAAACCAGUCUUGUUAUGGACGCAGAACCAGAUGGAAAAUCAAGUCUGUAAUGUGAACAGACAGCUGGUGGUGGCCUGGCCAGAUGGCCAAUGAGACCAGGAGUUCCAGUGUAAUACGUGCGGUCAAGGCUUGAGACGACCAGUGAUGUGGCUUAUUUCUAUUUCUUAGUUACUCGUCACACAGUUAGGGACUAGUCAGUUAGCAUCGAACCAAAGUAAAUUUAAGUCAGUUCUAUUUA